GACUAGAAUGCGUUUCGCGCAUGCGACUCCCUCUAUGUUGAACAAUCAGGUGUAGCGAUAUGGCCGACAGCGAGUUUGAAGAAUUUCGCCGUGUAUUUGAUAAAUUACCACAACACAUUAAGGCUCCGACGCCUUUUUACUCAUUAGUGCCAAAUGUUGGAUUUGAGGAUGAAUCACCUUCAUCCAAGAGUGAGGAAUCACCUGAAGAAGAGAAAGUGUGUGUUGGCGAUACGGACGGGGUAAAGACAACCUCCGAUGCAUCGCCUGUCGCUCAACCUGAUGUAACAGAUGCACAACGCAGCCCCCGACACCAAACAUUCACAAACGGCGAAAGAAGACGAAGAAAACUACCUGAAAUACCGAAAAAUAGGAAACCGAACUUAGUGCCAGGUAGUCAACCGGCCUCGCUCGCUGACGAACUAGGAGCAUUAACUGGCCUUCUUGUACGACCAGGGGGCCAAGGGCGACCUUUGCUGGUGCUCAAGUGUGGCUAUCUCUUGGAUGAAGACUCCAGUCCUGACUCCGAAAGACUGCAGAGCCUUGGCGAUGUGGACAGCGGGCACAGUACAGCUCAUUCACCCAUUGACACGGGGCCAAAGAGCCUCUCGCCAACGCCGCUACAGCAAAAUGUGUCACCAUCCUCCAGUUGUAGUAUUAGCGGCAUCAACUUCGCUGGAAACAUGACUACUGUCCCACACAGCCAACUAGAAAUGCUUGAAGCUACGCACAGAGGCUUACAUAAGUUCAACCCCCGACACCAUGACGAAAUAGAGGUCGAAAUCGGCGAUCCUAUUUACGUCCAAAAGGAAGCUGAAGACCUAUGGUGUGAAGGGGUAAAUUUACGAACUGGCCAGCAAGGCAUUUUUCCAUCGGCCUAUGCCGUUGACAUGGACUACAACGACUUCGAUCCAGCCAAUGCCAAAGUUAAACGCGAGAGAUAUUUAUUGGGGUACAUGGGGUCUGUCGAAACUCUCGCUCAUAAGGGCACCGGUGUAGUGUGUCAGGCAGUGAAGAAAAUAGUUGGUGACUCAAAUGGUGAUAUUGGCGCUCAAGCUUGCAUUCUAGAAGUUUCGGACCAAGGCCUCCGCAUGGUCGACAGAUCUAAACCAGAUAGGAGUCGGAACACACCUUGCAUCGAUUACUUCUAUUCGUUGAAAAAUGUUUCGUUCUGCGCCUUCCACCCUCGUGACCAUCGAUAUCUCGGCUUUAUUACAAAACAUCCAACGUUGCAAAGGUUCGCAUGUCACGUUUUCCGCGGUCAGGAAUCGACACGGCCUGUGGCCGAAGCAGUGGGGAGGGCAUUCCAGAGGUUUUACCAGAAGUUCAUAGAGACAGCUUACCCGAUCGAAGACAUUUACAUAGAGUAAAGAAGGAUAACGGCAAACAAGUUUCACGGAUAGUUAGCGUAUUCCUGUGUUACAAUGAAAGGCAAGAGAUAAUACGAAUUAAAGUGUGCUUUUUCCUGUAUUUUAAUUGUUCAUUUGCUUGGGAAAUCCUUCGAUUACAACGCUAAAGGUGUAUUGCGCUAAACAUCUGUGGAAUUUAUAAAAUCUUUAAACUCGCUGUCGAAACCUACGUCGCCUUCAAACUUAAAUGUAUUCAUAUUGUAUUAUAUAAUAUAAUAUAUAAAAAUAUAAUUAUCUAAAUUUUAAUUCAUCGAUAACAAUAAUAUCACGCCUUUCGCGCCUUGCUUUACCUAAAUAUUCGUAUAUUUAAAAAACAGUAAUAUAUAACGCGAAUUCAAUAUUAGUAUACUUAGACCUUAUGAUACAUUCGAUUCCUUUGAUGAUUGCCCAAUAUUAACAAUAAAAUUGUAUUUUGUCAGGUUUUUUUAGUUUAUUUUCCAUUUUCCCCAAAUACUGACGAAAAGCGUAACAGAAUCUUAAAUACUGUGAUAUAUAUGAAGUUUUUUUUUCGGUGUAGGUGAAACCACUUAUUCUUUAAUUAUCGUGACUUUAAACAUGAUCUAUUACGUUCUAUUCAUUAUUAGAAAUUAAAAAUCAACUCGUAAUUUAAUAAUUUAUACAGUAUUAAUAAUUAUUAACUUGAUCGUAGACGUUCUAGAUUAGAAAUGUUGGAACACGUCAAAUCAAUUACUACCUACACCAUUAUUAUAUUGUAAAUUAAUUUCAAUUGUAAUUCUAAGGUUAUAUUACAUAAGACACUUUUUGUAUACCUUAAGUUAUUUCAAUUAAUUUAGUUUUAUAUUAUUUUAAUAAAGAGGAUAAUAUUUAUUAUAUUGUGUUUGAUAUUUUACCUUUUUCGGCUCUUUCAUUCUUCGUUCGAAAUAUGAAGUAUUUAUAACAUAUUUCCGCGGAUUACAAAAUAAAACAAAAAUAUUAUAUUUACGAAAAAAUACAAAAAUUGUCUUUGAAAUAGAUCCUUUGGCAAUAAAUUUGUCUUGUAAAUAUUUAAUUAUUGAAUUGUUUGCAUUUACGUAGCAAUAAAAUAAAUGCGUAAAUCUAAUAUAUUAACAUGAUAUUAUAAAGAAUAUAAUUAUGUUUUUUUCGUAGUAUGUAAUGAUUUCAACGAGUAGAAAAUAAAAGUAUAUUUUCACAUGAAAUUUUUGUAUAUCACUCAAAACUAUUAUGAAGUUAAUAUGGACGCUACGUAAAUGUAAUCUAUGUAAAUAACACGAAAUAUACCUAAAUUAAACAUUUGAUGCAUUAUCAAUACGAAGCAAAUCUGUCAACAAAGCUGUCUUUGAGUGCUGUGACUCAACGGAUGAUAGAAUAUAUUUAUUUUUCCAGUUCUUCAUAGCGAAUUUGAGAUAGUGUUUAAUAAGGCAUUUAAAUAUAUUAAGUGGGACUGAA